AUGAAAAAGUUCCCAAAUCUAGUGCAUUUAACGCUCGACGCAAUCCCUCAUUCUAAUUUCAACAGAUUAGCAAACAUAAAUAAGCCAGUGUUCAUUACUAAAGUAUUGAAAUCAUUCAUUAAAUAUCUAGCCGAUAUGAAAAGCUUUUCUAUCAAAAAUCUGCAAGUUCAAAACAUGGAUGAAGCCGUGCAUGUCUUUCAAGAGUUUCUGCUAGAAAAAGAUCUCUGUGUAAAGCAUAAGCUUGAAGAUGCUUUCUCUAGAAUAUCAUCAAAUACUCUAACCCUCGAAUCAAGUCCAAAUUACAAGCCUACAAUGAAUAUUGUAUCAAGAUUUGGAGGGGACACUUUGGAAUCCUUGAUUAUGAUAGAAGAUAUUCGGAUUUCACUCUCUGGCUUACACUUUGAAUGUUCAGCUGAUGAUGUACUUAAUUUUCUUGAUCAAGAUCAAGAACUUGAGCACCAUUUUUAA